UCGCCGACGUGAUUAAUUGGAGGAGAAGAUCAUGUGACUAAACCGUUACGGUGGCCAGCGUGUAAAUAUGUAAAUAACAAUUUCAUUUAUCUUGCAUUGGAUUAUGGUGGAUUUUGAACAGGGAGAUGAGAGAUACAUUAUUGGCGACGGGCCAUGAGUAAAUGUAACAUUGUGUGAGCCUAAAACGGAAAUGUAAUUUAGCAAGAAAAGUUGAACUACUAGCCAGCCCGAGUUUGAAAGUAAACGUACGCUGAUUACAGUGCGUGCAUAUGUUUGCAUUUUAGCCAAAACAAACGCGGUUGCACAGCUGUUUAUUUGAAAUUGCACGUGGAAUGUGCCCUACCAACGUGCUUGGCAGGUAGCUAUGCUAGCUAGUUAAUAGAGCUAGCAUUGUUAUGCUAGAUCGCUAACUAGUUUAGCUAGCUGGCAAAUUGUACCGAACGAGAAGUGGACAACGCAUCCGACAACCUUAUCUAGCUAGCUAUAUCUAACCUUUACUGACCAGACAAAAAAAAACGUGAUUUUAUCAAGAUAGUGAAGCAACUCGAGUAAGAACUUUGUCAUGGGUCUGGUGAACCUAGUCUUUUGCACCAUUGGGAAAUGUUUCAAUUUCAUAUCUUUACUCCUGGACCUACGUCUCCUGGCGGCAUGUAUCACCUUUGUGAAUAACCUACCCAUGUUACUGACCAACUCAAUUGUGAAGUGCUGGAACUUCACUGUGUUCUGCAUGGUCACCAUGAUGGACAGCGUAACACUUUUGGCCCAGGGCACAGUCAACAUGUUGGGGCGCUGGCUGCACCUCUUGGGGGGUGUUCUGGAGAGUUUCAAAAUGGUGUGCUACUUGUCCUCACAUGUUCUCCUGCGUGUCAGGGAUCUGUUCCACCGUGGGCUGCUGUGUGGCCACUGCUUGCUGCAGCAGGUGUGGGAGGGCUGUGGCAUUGCGGUCAGCCUGGUGUUCUACCUGGUCAACACGGUGGUCAACCUGCUGCUCAUCGGGACACAGAACGUCUACUCUGUUGUAGUCAGCAUGUGGGAGGCAGUCUCCUGCCCCCUGCAGAAGGCUGUGGAGCUCACCCUCACACUCUUCACCUUUCUGUACAGCAGCCUGGUUGGCACCUCAGUCGUUCUCUGGACUCCCAUCAGGCUGGCCCUGGAGUUCCUGGGCUCGCUCGGACACAUCUUCGCCAGCGUCUUCCUCCUGAACAUCUAUGGCCUCAUUCUCACAGUGACCAUUGUUGUCACCGCCACAGUCUAUAUGAACCCUGAGCUGACCAGUCUUGGAGCCCGGCGCGCCUUCGGUUUUGUCAACUCUGUCCCCACCCUGCAUCUCAUACAGAGGGCGCUCCAUCGACUCUACGUGCUGGAGAGGGGCGUGUGGCAGAGGCUUCAGCGGCAGGCCAGCCGCCUACACCAAACGAUAACACCAGUCUACAGGAACAUCAGACUGAGGGGUGACGGCCACGCCAGGCAACCUGAGCCCAGUGACAGAGAACAGGGGGCUCUUACGGACAGUAGGGAAGGAGACGCAGCACCACCCGCUGAACAUGCUGCCCGGCCACGCCAGCUAAUGGAUGACCUGUGGGACCUAGCAUUCCCCAGCUCCAGCAGCACAGACAGGCCUUUACAGAAACUCUCAUCGGGGGAGGGGUGCUCCAGCUCCAAGGGUCCCCCGGCCGACAACCUACUGACUCUGCUCAAGGAGUAUGAGGAGAGGAAGAAGUGCGUCAUCUGCCAGGACAGCACCAAGACAGUGGUGCUGCUGCCCUGCCGCCACCUGUGUCUGUGUCGGGACUGUACUCACAUACUGCUGCGCCAGCCCAUCUACCAGCAGAACUGUCCGCUCUGCCGCCAUAUGAUCCUUAAUACCAUGGAUGUGUAUCUCUGAGGGACCAAAUGGGGGAGGGGCAUUACCCAGAGUGCUGCAUUGUUAACAUGUUGAAUCUCAGGUUUAGGAUGUGCAGAGACUAUAGGCUACAUCUACACCUGCAGUACAUUGCAGCGCAGACGCACGCUAUCCAAGUCCAGUGCACUGCUGAAAUGGCUUGUCGUCCGUGGCUGAUGUCAUAAAUGAUGCCUGUAUUUUGUUCAGACCACCAUGACAGUGCUUGCCAAAAUGUUUAUACUUGUUUGUUCAUAUUACUGAACACUUCAUGUUCUAUACACUUCAUGUCGUUCCAAACUGUGUGCGAACCCAAUAAGGAAUGUUUGCUGUAUAGCAGUUAAUUUACUUUAUUCAGCAUAUGUUCCGUUUGAAAGCAUUCCAUUGGCAGUUUAAAACACUGGAGACAAUACCGUACGUACCAAAUGCUGUCGUAAAAGCCCCUUUUGUAGCUUAUGUAUAGGUUUAAAUGGUGACAACCUCUCAAAUGCAAUUUGUCAAUAGCCAAUAUUGUUCCAAGCAGUUCACAUCCAGAGACCCAUAAAAAGUGUGAAAUGGUUUUGUAUUGUGGGAAAGGGUUAAUUUCAUAAGCUAUGGUUGUCUAAAAAUAUCAGUGUCAGAAAUUAUUAACCAGAUCUAUCUGUCUUGUCAUAUGAAAAAAAAUGUUGGUUUUGUUCAAAUUAUUAUUCCAUCAUUUUUGUCACUAUAGCCAAUUCUUUCCACUAUGCUGACACAUGAACACUACCUAAUUUAUGCUCCACACAAGGUUUAUUCAUCUUUAUAGUUCUUAAAAUGUUUUUAACUUGUGAUCAAACAUUGAUAUGUUCACAAUUACCACCAUUAGUCAGUAAUGGGUUCAUAAUUCCUUGUUUCAAUUUUGUCUCUUUGCUCAAAAUAAGUAUUGAUCAAAGCUCUGUGAAAUGCCAUGUUGAAGAUUUACAGCACAAACUGCAAUGGUUAUUGAAUUAGAUUGCAAGUGUUGGAGAAAGGCCUGUUAAGUGACAAUAAAAGCAAAAGGCUGGUGAGUCAUAUUUGAUAUGCCUUUUUUGGGCCAAGGUUUCAUAAAUGUUGGAUAGGCUCUGCCCGUAAUAUAUUUUGGGGUCAAACACGAUGGACUGACUUCAAUAUUGUGACAGAGGAGCCAGAACGUGAACCAUAGUGUGACUGAUGUCCUGUGACUGUCUUAGUCUCAUUGACAUUGUGUAGCCUAUAAUCAUUUCCCACUGUCUUUGUUCCAAUCAGAAGUCUUAACAUGGGUCUGUUAUUUCAACAGAUGCUGUAAUCACUCAUUCAAUACUUUGCCUUUUAUCUAGUGCCAAACCAACAUUUUCCAAAAGGCCUGCCAUUUUCUUAACACCCUAUGUAAAAAAAUAUAAUAACUAUAAAACCAAGAAUGGUCUAUGAUGUGAAAUAUUGAUAAAAAUCUGGAGAGAGAAAAGGUUGGGCCCAUGAAUUAUCUGACGUGACAUUAUAUUGAUACAAUAUGAAAAAUGAUUAGGCAUAUUAUAUUUUUGAUGUCCAGAGUAAAUUCUAGGUUAUAUUCUGAGUUGACCUCUUUUCCCAAAGCCCUUUAAUCAUUGUGUGACAUUCCUGUCUACAUAUACAGUGGACUCUUACCACAGACCACACAUGUUGCCAUUCACAUGGCUUAUUUUGUCUAGGAAGACUGACCUGUGUAUCCAGGGGACAUGGCACAAAGUUAUGGACGUUGCAAUAAGCCAUGAAUGGGGUAGCAGGUGGUUAAGAGUAGUGGGCCUGUAACUGAAAGGUUGCUGGUUUGAAUCCCUGAGCUGCAUAGUUGAAAAAUCUUAACCCUAAUUUCUCCUCUAAGUCUCGAUAAAAGAGGAUAAAUGUGUCAUGUACACAUUUAUUUUGUUUUAUAAAUGUUUCUGAAUGUGGCCAUACUCACGAAUGAGAAUGACAAAUGUCUGUGAGACAAUAAACGAACAAUCUUUCGGUAUUGUU